CGGCUCCGGCCGCGGGUUAGAGAAGGGAGAACCUGUUGGAAGCCGCUCGGUAUGAGGAGUCGCGCUGCCGCUCGGAUUGUCUGACGGGGGUGGCGGUGCCUGUUGCUGUCGUUGUGGCCGCCUGUCCUCUGCUUUCGCUGCCCCCGUGGUCGUGACUUGGAGUUGGAGUCCAGGAUGAGUUAUGCAGAAAAACCUGAUGAAAUCACGAAAGAUGAAUGGAUGGAAAAGCUUAAUAACUUACAUAUCCAGAGAGCAGACAUGAACCGCCUUAUCAUGAACUACCUUGUCACAGAGGGCUUUAAAGAAGCAGCAGAGAAAUUUCGGAUGGAGUCUGGAAUUGAACCCAGUGUGGAUUUAGAGACUCUGGAUGAAAGAAUAAAAAUCCGUGAGAUGAUCUUGAAAGGACAGAUCCAGGAAGCCAUUGCAUUGAUAAACAGCCUCCAUCCAGAGCUGCUGGAUACCAACAGAUAUCUCUACUUUCAUUUGCAGCAACAGCACUUGAUUGAACUGAUUCGGCAGCGUGAGACAGAGGCAGCUCUGGAAUUUGCUCAGACCCAAUUAGCAGAACAAGGGGAGGAGAGCAGGGAAUGCCUGACAGAAAUGGAGCGCACGCUGGCUCUGCUUGCCUUUGAUAAUCCCGAAGAAUCACCAUUUGGAGACUUGCUGAACAUGAUGCAGCGACAGAAGGUAUGGAGUGAGGUUAAUCAAGCUGUUCUAGACUAUGAAAAUCGUGAAUCAACACCCAAGUUGGCAAAAUUACUGAAACUACUACUGUGGGCUCAGAAUGAGCUGGACCAGAAGAAAGUGAAAUACCCCAAAAUGACAGACCUCAGCAAGGGGACGAUUGAAGAGCCCAAGUAAAAAGUGUGCAGAUGGACAUAAAAAAUCUUAGUACUGCACAGUAUACAUUUAUAUCAGUCUGUGACUGAAAUAUUUUUACUACAGUACAGCACUCAAUUCAGAUUUUUCAAUGAACAUCUAAUUUGAAGGGAGAAAAGUCCCUUUUAAAUGCUGCAAAAACUGCAUUGAAAGGCGCUGUAUCUCUUUGGAAGUCUGACUUAGGCUAUGCACUAUAAUACAUUUUUAAAAAAAAACAAUUAAACAGGACAGGAAACAUAGCAUUUUUAAAAGUACAGAACUCAAGCUUUCUAAUUGGCUGCUGAUGCCUAGUUUAGUGGCCAGUGAGUUAAUAUGAAGUUAUAUUGGCAACUGUUCGGUUUAACUGUCUCCUGUUUGAAAUGUGUAUAUAGAACAGUGAAUAUUUUCUACCUUUAAGUUAUAGCCAGAUAUACAUUCCCCUUAAAAGUAACUGGUCAAGUUUUCAUCUAUAAACUUUGCAGUAAGGUCAAACUUUUGCUUAGGAAAUAGUGUACAAACUUGUAAAUCAUAAUUUAAGGACUUUUGUUUUGUUUUGCUUUUUUUUCUUCCUUGUUUCUGACUUCUUGGUGCUUUAUAUGGUGAGAGCUAUGUUCAUAAUGGAUCAGUGACCCAUCUUUUCAGGAGGAGUAUUGAUGGAAAUAGGUUUUUUCUUAAUAUUCACAAAUGACCAAAAUGGCCCGAGGCAUUUGAGGUUUUUUUUUUAACAGGGGCCUUUUUCCCCUCUGUUAAAUUUGCAGCAAUUCCAGGUGGCUGCUACAGCUUUGAAGGCCACUGGAUGUCUGUAAGCUGAAAGACUUGGAUUUGGAAAUCAAGUGGUGGGGAGAGAUGCUAGUUGAAGCCUCUGAUGCAUCAUCUUGUGUAGGAUCUGCCUUCAUGCUUGCUGAAUCAGAAUUGUAGUUUUAGAGCUACUUGGGCUGUUUUUAUGCCUUGAGCUAAGCAAAGCAGGGCUGUCUUAAACCAGAAAUUUGCAUUUUUUCACUUCUUCCAUACCUUUCUGAAGAGAUGCAGUUCAUCCUCAUCUGUAUUUGUUUACUGACUGUCCUCACUCCAGUUAGAACUAUAGUUUUAAUGUGAAGUCCAGACUUUCAAGUCAACAAAUUGUAAUCUUCUGGGUAUGGGAUAUUCUGGUCGAGCGAUUGCAGCGCUGCACACUGGUUUAUACCCAGUGGUAGGAAGCACUAAUCUUGCCAAAUCUAUCUCUAGAUUUUUUAGGUCUGUAGAUCAAGUUUUGCCAAGCACAGAGCAAGCAGAUGGGUGAAACAGUUUAACAUCAUGAGACACUGGCAGUUGUCGCACCAGUCCCAUACUGUACAUAAUCUAGUCUUGUAUGGUAGGUAUUACCCUGUAGAAUGAAACUUAGUUUUCACUAAUUUUUACUGGAAAACUUAACGCAUUAAACUGUAUAAAGCUUUGCAGACACACCUGGCUUAGGGGAAACUAACAAAACCUGUAACUGAUUGCAUUACUGUGAACACUGUUUACUUGUGUAGCUAUUUUUGGGGGGAAGCCAUUGUUUGUUAAGCAGCUGUGAGAGAUGCAGAGCGCCAAGGUUAAGCAAGAUGAUGGAUGUAACGAAAUCAUUUGUUCCCAUUUCUUACUGAUCGUUCUGUUCUCCACUUUGAGGCAUUUGUGGUAGUGAGGUCUUCAAGUUUAUACAUAACAAACAAGCUGUCAGUAGCCCCCCAGCUACAGCAGCACUCUGGCUUUCCUUCACCCAGGCUGGUUAUUCUAACACCAGACUUUUAACAGUUGUGGGUUUGGUUGUUUUGGGUUUUUUUUAAAUAUUUUUUCUUCUUUCUUUUUGAAGUUGGUUGAUGUCUGAAAACCAUGUAUAACUUUUAGUUUGUGAGAAACUGUAUGGUUAAUGUAACUUUGUUUAAUAACAAACUACAGAAACAAAACUGGAAUAGCUCUAAUUUCUUCAUGUAGAACUGAUCAGCUUUUCCUUUGUGUUCUGACACUUGUGUUGUUGAAUCUCCUGUAAAGCUUCUCCCAGGUGAAGUGGAAAGUGGUGCGGUUUUGUGGCAUGAUGAGCAUUUUUCUCCAUGAGAAAUGCACUAUUACAGCCCUGGGUGAGAAGUUCACUGUCCUCCUAGAACGCUACCUUAAUUCCAUAGAGUAUUUGGGCAAUGGUUGAGCAUAGAUUACUUGAAUUUCCACUAGCUUGUUGCUUUUUUUUUUUUUUCCAUUAAAAAAGAAACAUGUUUUUUAAGGGGUUUAAUAUAAAAUUAGUCUAGAACUAUUUCACUUUGUUUUUAUGAACAUGCCACAUUGAUAAGCAGCUUUAAUUUGUAAAGUUUUUGGUAACUGCAAGAAGAUACUCGAAAGCUAUGCAUUUUAGAGAAAGCAUAAAGGUAGUGAUAUUGGUACUUCUAAGGAUCUUUAUAUUAGUGUAUAUAAAAUAGUUUGCAUAUACAAAUAUAAUAUAUAAUCUGUUUGAAAUAUUCUUGAAUUGUAGGGGCUGUGAAACAUAUUAUAAUUUAUGGAAAUAUUGUACACAGUAAACAGAUGUCUCAGUACACAAAUGAAUUUUUGUCAUAUGCAUGAGAAGUGUCUUAUUUGGUGACUACUAAUGAAUGGGCUUUUGUUAACCCAUUUUUGUUAGAUAACCACUUUAACAAAUACUAUUAAAUGCCACUUUGAUCAGUUUGCUUUAGUGUAAAAAUA